AUGAACAAUAUAUAUCGUAUAAAACACCGCAGGACUACAGAGCCGCUCUGGCAUAAAUGGGAUAAGAAAGCACAGAAAUGUGGAUUAAGACAUACAGUCUAUGCUGUAAAUGGGGAUCAGUAUACUGGAGAAUGGCUGGACAACUUGAAGCAUGGUAAAGGCACCCAGGUAUGGAAACGCACAGGAGCUAUCUAUAGCGGUGACUGGAAGUUUGGGAAGCGGGAUGGUUAUGGCUCAUACAGCAUUCCUGACCCUGUAACCAAGGAAUAUAAGAAGGUGUACACAGGCUGGUGGAAAAACGACCGAAAAUGC